AUGUCUGAGGUUCCAUCAGAGCAAAUCAACAGCCAAAAUAAAGGCGCAGGGCUCAUGUUCAACCAGCAAACCACCGCGGACUCCGCAAGCUCCUCCAAGCCAGCCCAAGACGAUGAUACAAAAGCCCCAUUGCCCAAGGGCGUCGUCCUAGGCAAAGACGGAAAGCCCUGCCGCACCUGCACCUCCGUCGCCUCAUGGCGAGCAUUGACCAAACAAGCCGACCUUGAAAAGACAUCAAGCUCAAACUCAACCUCAAAACCAACCUUCAACUCGAGCGUAAGCAAAAUGACAGCUUCUAUGCCCGCCUUCGCUGCGGCCGCAACCCCCUCACCCAGCGCAACGCCCUCUGAGUGCCCGCCAGACGUCGAAGAGCUAGGUCGCUCGACUUGGACACUACUGCACUCGAUGGCUGCUACAUACCCCGAGAAAGCAAACACAGAGCACCAGGAUAAUAUGCGCGGGUUUUUGAAGUUCUUCUCGAAGCUGUACCCGUGCUGGGUGUGUGCUGAUGACUUCCAGACGUGGAUGGCGCGGAAUCAGCCAAAGCUGAGUAGUCGGAAGGAGUUUGGGUGGUGGAUGUGCGAAGCGCAUAACGAGGUCAAUCGGAAGCUUGGGAAGAAGGAGUUUGAUUGUCGAUUUUGGGAGGAGCGGUGGCGCACUGGGUGGAAGGAUGGUCGGUGCGAUUGA